CUCUACUCGAACUAAGAACAAGGAGAAAGAAGGAAGCAAGAAAAGAGAAGAAGGCUGCCAACUAGUUCGUACAAUUUCAACCCUCGAGAUUUUUCACCUCAUAUCUCACGCAUCUCUUAUCCAAUGAGCUUGAGUGAGGUGUCAUUAGAUAGGUCCUGAAGAGAGCUUUAAGACGAGGUGCUGCACUUAAGGAUACGAGGUGUUUACAGCUCAAAAAGGGCAAAUAAACACACGAGGUAUUCUAGACUUCUCAAGGAACCUAGGAGUGUCCGGAAAGUCGCCGGAUCCGCCGGAUUGUUUGCCGGAAAAUUCAAAAAGUCGCCGGAGUUCAAACAAAGAGGAUAAAAGCUUGCUAGCAUCAUUUCAAGACGUCUUGUAUAAUUCGGUGAGGAUGAACUGCGGUUAUUCUUAUUGGGUUGUACGACGAUUGUCCACGUGGCACAGACGCGGUCUGGGGCGUGACAAAGUUUGUAUCUUUAUGAAACAGACUACAUGGAUGCCGUAUACAGCCAAGAUGUUUGCAGAGUUGCCCCCAGUUGGACGAGAGCAUAGUCACAUAUGGCGAGCACGUGUGCCAUUGAUAUGUUUUGACAUUGUUGAGCUUCAUUUGCCUGAUAGAGUCUUGCGACAGUUUGGGUUUGAUCAGGUCAUUCCACGGCCUAUCGACACUUAUGUAGAGCUUCAUAGGCUGGAUAGGCGUGGGAAGCAUACGGAGGAUUGGGCAUUGAGACAUGUCCGAUACAUCUCUCUAUGGGACAGGCGAGCUGAGCUAGUUGUGACUGGGAUACCGACAUUUGUCCCAUCUGUUUCAGGAGACUACAUGGGAUGGUAUUACAACAUCACUCGUUUGUUUGUGUCUCCUUCAUUCAGACUCCCUACUCAUCAUUAUCAGCCUAGCUCCUUGGCUUUACAUCUUACGACACGAGCUUUGCAGCGCAUACAUUAGCGGGCUACUGCCAUAGUGAGUGAAACUCAUGAUGUGGACAUGUAUGGACAGGCUCUAACAGGCAUUGCCUCUUGUGUUCAGAUGUGUUGGGGCGAGUCGACUACGACCAUCUUAUACACAUGCCCCCAUCUCAGGAGAUUCCAUCGACGUCUAGUGCAGCAGCGGCUUCAUCAUCUCAGACGCAACAUGAGAGAGUGGUUCUUCAACCACGACAACGGUGUAGGCGUAGACAUAAGCAGCAACAUCUCCAUGACCAAGAUGACCAUGGGAACUUGUAGUUUGUCUUUUGUAUUGCAAUUUUUCUUGUACAUUAGAUGUUGUAGGAACAAUUUACAACAUUUUACGUAUUUUCUCUUGUAAACUCUUGUAUGUUGUCUUGAUGUGUUCGAGUAUGAAUAUUAGAUGAUUACUUGUUAUGAAUAUUGGAUGAUUGUACUGUGUUAUACCGAUUAGGAAUGUAAGGUUUUGUAUUUG